GAGCUGGUUUAGUUAGCCAAAAUAAGUCAAAGAAACAAGAAACAUUUUAUUCUUCAACUUUCCUCUUCAUUCUCAAAGUAACACGUAAUCGCUUCUUCUGCUUCCUCUUUCUAUAUCUGAAAAAAAUUCAAAUCUUGCAACGAUACAAUAUUCCGAUUAAGUAGGUGCUGAGCAUUUUGUACGCCUACCUCUCUACUUCACUCCUAGACGUGUACUUUGGAUUAAACUAUUUGGCCUUUGAACUGUCUGAAUUUCCUCCACCACCAUUGCGAUCCUCUUUCCUAUAUUCGAUACUAUUUACUAAUAACAAGGUUUCAGACGACAUAAAAUGAGCUUGUUAUUGUUCCAUCUUCUUGCGUAACAAAUGCUCCCAAGCGAACGUUGUCAUUGUUCUUGGUUCUCGUUCGUAUCAUAACGUAAGAAUAGUAAGUGAUUGAUUCGGAGGAAGCAUCGAUAUCCACAAGUCCCUCGUAAAAUUGACAAGUUGGAGAAAACGGAAGUGAGUCCGGAUGGUAGAGUUUUUCUGUUGGAGGAGGACGAAAUCGAUUACCCUUUGUACCCAUUCGAAACACUGUUGCUUCACUACUCUUCGGAAGCCUCGUCAAUCCAUUUCCUCCUGAUUGUAUCUCUCCUCCUCUUCUACACUUUCACCCUGUUCCUGGCAAGCAUGAACUCAGUGUCGAGCGGCCGAGAGCCGUCUCGACAGCCACGAAAAUACGGAAGAUCGGCCACAACAAGUGUGGCGCAGUUGUUCUCAGAUUCCGAUGUCGUGAGAUCCUGUACCAAUCUGCUGCAUCGUCUCACUACCAAGAAUCUGGUCAACGGCUCCCGUGACUCGGAAAUCAAUGGGGGAAUUGAAAACAACAAUACGCCAUAUAUUUCUGCCAAACCCACGACAACCACAUCUUCCAACAACAUGAAGCCAUCUCAUGCCCCAGACUCCCCAAUGUUUGAAAGAAGAGGUCAUCUCGGCUCUAGGAAAAAUUCGGGGACAUCCAUCAAUUCAAAUCCUUCCGAUUCUUACGCUUAUGUGAAGUACAAACCUCCGCUGCCAACGAGUCACACUAGCUCAAAUAUAAAUCACCAUUCGUCCAACCUGAAUAAUCAUAAUCUAGAAAAUAUCGAUAACUUAUCAUUGGGUCAGUCUGGAAGUAGACGGGGCAGUGGGAGUGGUAGCAGUGGUGGACUUGUAAAGAGCUCGACCACCAAUAAUUACUUUGGGAACGAUAGACUGAAGGAAUUGGAGCAGAAACUUUCGGAGAGAUAUCAACGACUAUUUGGAAGUGGUAAUGGCGAAUCUACCGCUUCUCCCCGUUCUGCCACUGGGCUAACAUCCUCAAGCAAAAACUUGGCUUCUCCAGAGGACUCCUCUCAACCUAGCACAGCCGAUUUGCUAAGUAAUGGUGGUGGUAGUAGUAGGUCUAGUCUGCGGGGUGCAAAGGCUAGAGUGCCUUAUGAAGAUAACACGGAUGAAUUCCGAGGUUAUGGACUAUCAAAAAGUGCAAGUACCAGUAGUGGUGGUGGUGCUGGUGGCGUGUCAUCAAGACUGCCUUACUCAUCCAGUGGUUACGGAUAUGGUUUGGGUUUAAUAGGACAUGAUUCUCCUUCUUCUUCUGGAAAUGGUAGACUUCCGUUAUCAUCAUCGUCCAGCAUUCUUAACUCUGCAUCCAAUUUAGGCUCAUCAACGUCUGGACGGUCAGGGCUUAACGAUUUGUACCCUUCACGUAGGACAUACGGACUUGCAAAGAGUGCAAGCAGUAGUGUAAUUCAGGACUCUGGGUUGGGUGGGUCAACUGGGUCAAUUCUAGGAGGAGGGUCCGGUAGUAAAUAUUAUUAUCAUCAUCAUCCACUUAUUGGUGGUUAUAGUUCGUCUUCCGGAGGGCGGCCGUACUCGGGGUCGAGUUCUCAUCUACUAGAACCAGUACCUGAGGUAAAACCCAAACCUCUCGCAGGGCUGGGGUAUGGACAGUACGAUCGUCACGACGAAAGAGAAAGGGAUCUUAGAGAAAGUUCAGGUUUAUCUCGCUCGAACACACUGAAUAACUUGGAUAAGGUCACAAUUCUGGAUGACGAAUUUGGAAAUGGGGGACGCGCAACAGUUCGGAAUGAGGCGGCUGGCAAAUACGCAGAUGAAGUUGGAACGGAGGCAAACGGGAAAGAAGGUGCAAGUGGCUCAAGGUCUAGUCAGAGAAAGUCUUCGUAUAAGUUGCCUUCACGAUAUUACUAUCGGCGCUACCGACACAAGUCGUCUCACACCCAGCCUAAGGAAAAGGAGCCUUCCCCCUUAAGUUUUACCAAAGUUGCUGCCCUUGCUCCUGACGCUAAUGGUGAUGUCAGUGAUCGAGAUCGAGAGGAUGAAGAUAAUAAUAACACUAGCACCAAAUUUGGCACGUCAUCGUUCAGAGUGAAAGGUGACGUUGACCUUGUUCGCGAAUCCUCCGCUGCCGCUUUCACCAACCAGAAUGGAGUGACCCCAUCUUCGCAUGUGUUGGCAUAUGACAUUACCCCUCGAAAAACGCUCAAAGAAUCAGAAGAACUCCUACUGAACGGAGGAGUCGGACUUGCUUCAUCAAUAAGGGAGGCGAAAGGCGAGGAUGGAGUACGAGGAGGAGAAAGUGAAGAACGGGACGUGGAUUUAGUUAGGAAGAAAGAAAUUGAGGAACUUAUUAGGAAAUAUUCUGGGUUUACGUACACUUCCAGCAAAUAUGUGCAGCUGAAGGAACCCGCUAAUGAUAAUGUAGGUGCCUUACUGCCUUCAGCAAGCACGAGUUCUAUUACUUCUGCCGCCACGACCACUGGCAUCAAUGGCAAUAAUGGACCUCUACAUGCAACUCGAAGACUAGUUGACGAUAGUGUCUGCAAAGAAGACACCGGGAUUGGUGCAAGUAGUUUGUACAAACCAAGUAGUAAUUACUCUUCCUCCGCAUUAUUAACUUCGGCCGCGACUCCUGCGACAAGUUCAAUGUUUGAGAAAAGCAUCGUCCGACCUACAGUUGCUGGCUACAGUAGCAGUGUUUUGGAUGAACCGAAAUCCUAUCAUCACAAUAAACCUUACAGGACAGGGCAAGAAGUAACAAACUCAUCUGUGAUAUACAACGAUCUUAGCUCACGCACCCCUUCUGUUGAAGAUGAUGAAGACGGUCAUCUCAUUUACAGAAAUGGAGACAUACUUCUACAAAGAUAUAAGAUUAUGGACACGCUUGGCGAGGGAACAUUUGGAAAAGUGGUCAAGGUCAGGGAUCUCAACAAGGAUCGGUGCUUAGCAUUGAAAAUAAUAAAAAACGUCGAAAAGUACAGAGAAGCUGCCAAGUUGGAGAUUAAUGUACUAAAGAAACUAGCUGAAAAGGAUCCUAAGAACAGUUUAUGCGUCAAGAUGUUGGACUGGUUUGACUACCACGGCCACAUGUGCAUUGCGUUUGAGAUGUUGGGACUGAGUGUCUUUGACUUUUUGAAAGACAACAGUUAUCACCCGUAUCCGUUGGAACAAGUUCGGCAUAUCGCGUACCAGAUGUGUCACGCAGUGAAAUUUUUGCAUGAAAAUCAGUUGACGCAUACUGAUCUAAAACCGGAGAAUAUUCUUUUCUGUUCUUCCGACUAUGAUAUUUCAUUCGACAACCGACGUAAAAAAGGUUUUCGUCGAGUCAAGAAUUCUGAAGUUCGUUUGAUUGAUUUCGGUUCUGCUACAUUCGAUUAUGAGCACCAUUCGACGAUCGUUUCUACUCGUCAUUACCGUGCUCCUGAAGUCAUACUAGAAUUGGGAUGGGCACAACCUUGUGAUGUUUGGAGUUUAGGAUGCAUCAUGUUUGAGCUGUACCUGGGUAUUACCCUCUUCCAGACGCAUGAUAAUCGAGAGCACUUAGCAAUGAUGGAACGAAUCUUGGGGCCAAUACCAUCAAGGAUGGCAAGGAAGACCAAGUCAAAAUAUUUUUAUCACGGAAAAUUGGAUUGGGACGAGCGAUCUUCUGCUGGUCGAUAUGUUCGAGACAACUGCCAUCCUCUAAUGCGUUAUAUGAAAACUGAUGACGAGGAUACCCGGCAACUGUUCGACUUGAUUAGGAAAAUGCUCGAGUACGAGGCUCCACAACGCAUCACAUUAACUGAAUCCUUGAGCCACCCUUUUUUCGACAAAAUUCCGGCCUACAUGCGCCUCCGAGGUUAUACUGAUGGCGGUGAUGGUAAAAGCAAGAAUAAUAAUAUGUCUCCUACUCGAGAACGAAAUCAUUCUCUAUCCAGAUGAAAAUAAUAAUAAUAGAGUCCUAUGUAUUUCGCACCGGAACUUCUACUCGCUUAGAUUUCUUGUUUUCACCAUUACUCAAUAAUAUAAUUAUCACUUAACUUAAUAGCUAUAUACAACUUGUGUGUCUUAGAGAUAUCCUGAAUGAUUAUCUGUCAAUGUGUUUUGUUUCAUUGCACAUAGGUGAAGAUCAGUAUUCGAUCUACCGGAGGAUAAGAUAACGUAAUUUGUCCAUAACGAAUGCGAAUCGACUUGAACAAUAUUGAAAUUAACCCUGUCGAAGUUCGAGAGUCAAGAUUGAAUAUAUAAUCAAGAGCUUCGUCCGUCAGUCUAACUAACACACAACGUUACAUGAAUAGUAUCCAAUUUCCGUUGUAUUAUUUUGGUCGUGAACCAUAUUAUUAUUUGUUUUGUGGUCAAAUUUUGAGUGACGAAUUUUAUUUUAUAACUUUUGUUGGCAAAUUCUCUUGGUAUUUCUGAAUUCUAAGAAAUUGGUAGUUGGCUAUUAGCAAAUAAAGAAGCAAAAUAAAGUUUUACUUAUAAACACUUCACUGUCGUUUACCCAGUCAUUUGUAUAUGAACAUUAACACUGGUUAUUCCUACCAGGUCACAUUAUUUUGCGAUUGAAGUUAGUUUUUGCAGAUUUAUAGUGCAGUAGAUAAAAUAGUGAUAUUUUGCAUUGCAUUAAUUUAAUUAAGUUAAUUCAAGCAUUUUUCAAAAUAUUGACAGGAUGAAGAUUACACAUGUAUGUUCAUUAUAUCGACUAUAAUUAUUAAUUGUACUCCGUGCGUAUAUUGACUAUGUAUUUAUUUCAUGCUGGAUUCAGCAUGCACAGAUUAGCUUAAGAUCAUUAUUUACGGUAUCGUGAUAAUUUUUAAGACUUGUAAGAUUAUUAUUAGCGGCCACUGUACUAAUUGUUAUUCAUAUUGAACGGUCAAGUAAUCUGUGUAUGUAACAAAUUAAACUACGAGAAAGUAGCAUGCAUUUAAUGUAUUUCCACAGUGAGGUUUACUGUUCGACUUUACCAUAUGCUGUGUGUGUAAUAAAAAUAUUCAAUUCUUAAAUAUUUGAUGCAGUUCAAUUUUCAAUUAGUGUUUACCUAAAAGUAACCCCCUGUAAGACACGUUACGUGUCUUAUAAAAUAGAGUAACGCAAAGAAAUUAAUAAAAUGUUAUUCCUUUAAGAUUCAACUUCGAGCAAUUCAAUAAAUAUAUGUUUAAGAUA